UCACAGAAUACAAUACAAGAGAUGGUUUCUAUUCCCCAAGUUCUGAAUGCUGGGCUUGUCCAUACUGUUUCAACGCAGGGUCCCAGUGUCAACACUAAACAAUCUGAUGGCUCUUCCCAAUUUCCACACAGAGACAUGCAGUCUGAAACAGAGUUUCUUCUGCCUCUUUCUGAAAUAUCAACACCUAUUAAUCCUUCCGGAAUUGCAAAGGUUUUAGGUCUGCAAGAUACAACUGGGAAUAAAAUGCCAACUGCUGGUUUUGAAAGAAAUCAUGAAUUCACAAGUAUGUUAAGUGAAUUAAGCUCCACAAUGCCUAGUCCUCUAGUUACAAUCAAGAUUGAUCUGCCUACUGUUAAUGUUGCCCAAACACCAAAGAAAGAACUGUUAAAAGUUAAUGCUACAGACAAAGAGACACUGCUUACUGUAACAAGACUACCUCAAGAAAUAUCUGGAGAUUUAAUGAUUAACAUGGCUUUGCCUGUCCCUGGAAAACCCCAGUUGGUAACUUAUUCGCAGAAACAAUCAACUUUGAAGGAAAAUGCUUUGACCUUGCCCGUUUUAGCAGAUCCGAUAAAUGUAACAGAUAAUGUUUCACUAGAAAAAGGCGCUUUUUCACAUCCUCCAUCACAUUCCGCAUUGGAGGAUUUUAAUAAGCUAGAGUCCAGUGCUUUAUCUAAUCAAGUAUCUUAUAAAAACCCAGUCUCCGUUUCCAAGGAACCCUUUUCCACACGCAAGCCUGACAUUCAGACAUCAGGGAUAUUAGAAAAAGAAAGCUCUGCUUCUUCAGAUAAUAUGGAUCAUAGAGAGGAACAAACUGUAGAAGCACUAGCAGAGACAGGGUUGGAGCCAAGGGAAAUAUCUAGACCCUUUGCCCUCCAUACUGCCAGUGAAGUUCCUCCCAUGCAACAGUCACUGAAGUCAAGGUUGUAUUUACCAGCGUCCACAGUGGAAGGAAACGAUGUUCAACAAAUGUUGAUGAUGCCUUCUGCUGUUUAUCUGAGCGGCUUUGCUGUUGUUUCCGAUGAUAUAUGUGGCUCUGGAAACUACUCGGCUGAGAUGAACCUCAAUCUGGGGAGAGAGCUAACCCCAGGCGACAUCAUCCCCCCUCAAGGAAAUCUUAAUGUUGAUAUUAAUCUGAAAACUAAUAACAGUCAAAUUCAUCUGGAGAUAAGGUCAUGCUGUCUCUCGCCUACUGCUGAACCAGACGAAAUCAAUAGCACCUGCUGUACAUUUGCAAGGUUGCCUUUAGACUCCAAGGAUGUUCGAUUACUCCGAAGCGGACAGUCUAAAAGAGCCAGCUUCACCAUCCAGCUCUUUCAGAUGAUCAAUUACUCAACGGCAUACUUACAUUGUGAACUGGGCAUCUGCUUAAAAAACCACUCUGAAUGUGAAACUCAAUGUUUUAAACAGAGGAAGCGGUAUACAGAACAGGGAGCUCUACAAAACUUGCUUCGUUCUGGCAACCUGAUUUCCUUUGGUCCCAUGCUGAAGAGAAGUGCCGAGCCCUCUCAAGAACAAUGUGGCUCAGCAGCAAUGAAGAGGAUCAUUAUACUGCUGGGGUGUGUGCUUGGGGGCUCUCUUUUGACGUGCACCUUCCUGUUCAUGUGGUUAGCUCACAGAAGGAGAGCUAGAACUGUCUCUAUGUUUCAACUGGGUUUCAUUGAAUAUGCAUGAAGUGUUUACAUUGACCUUCUUGGUUCUUCUACUGGUGACAGUUUACAUUGUACCAAUUUGAUUAAACAUGGUCC